AAUCUAAAAGAAAAUUUAUUUUUUACUUCUAACUUAAUAUCAGUUUUAUUUUUCUUUUUUAGAAAACAAAAUCACGGCAUCCACCAUUGUUCGAAAUGGCUACGCUUCACCACCAUCGGCCCAUUUCACUGUCCGUUCUCCCUCCUCUCUCCCGGCUGAGACCUUCUUCGGCUAUCCCCGCAACGCUGUUCUCGCGCCCACCGCUCUCCGGACUGCCGUGCGCUCCGAUAUCUGCUCGGGCCAUCCGCGAUAAGCGCGUCCUUGGACCCGUCCGUGGAUGCGCGACCUCAGAUUCCGCGAUUUUCCCCGGACCUCCACCCUCGUCGAGGAUCUUUAUGAAAGGAUUAUCUCGUUCAACAUCUGAGGGAUUCUUGGCAAAGACCUUUUCAUCCUUUGGAGAAGUCAAGAAAAUAAAGGUAAUUACAAGCAAAAGUUCGAAACAGUCUCUGGGACUUGCAUUUAUAUGGUUUGCCCGUGAACAAGAUGCACUAAUGGCAGUAAAGGAGAUGAAUGGAAAGUUUCUUGAUGGCAGGUUUGUUGCUGUCACAAUUGCAGAAGCUGAAUCUCCUUCUAAACAGAUAAUGUGUACAUUUAUUCAUUCAGUCAUGAUUGACUGGGCAUCCAUGGACAUGUCUAUUUUCCAAUUUUUCAAUCCAAAUAAUUUCUCAGAGAAAGGUGGACAAGGAUACAACAUCAAUGGUGGCAUAGCAUCACUAAUCAGUUUCACCUUGUGUCCCACAAUCUUAUCCUGGUCACAUCAGAAAAAUUGCGGAAUACUGGACCACUAGAUCAAACAGGGAUGCUGAUGCAGCUGAUUGGCCUCUUAUCUGGGGUGAUUUCUUCUCGUGCAAAUCUAAGGUGAAGUCUGUGUUGUUAAUUGCACACAUAUAAAUGCAUACAGGAUCAAACUUCUUGAUUUUUGGCUGUGGGUUUUCAUUUCAGAUGUAGUGUUUAUGGAUUUAAACUUCUUGAUUUUUAGUUUACUGAUGCUCAAACUUUGUAUAAGACCUUAUCAGAGAAUUUAGUAUUAGAAGUCCAA